GUGGGAUUGCAAUGGCAGCAUGGUGGCAGGAGAGCUUAUUUUCUUCCAAAAAAACUCGGAGUCGUAGAGAAGCUCGUUGCCUACUGCACUGGCAGCAAGAAAACCUGAUCAAAUCUAGUUAGUACAUUUGGAAGGGGGAGAAACCUCGCUUGGCUUGUGCCUUGGUUCGAAAGUUUGCAGAACAGCGAAACUCACGAAAAAGAACCGAGUGCUUCCACUGACCGGAUGCAAUUUUAAGAGGGCAGCAGGAUGCAGGCCACUGGUGUCUGGCCAUCUCUGCAGACGAUGCCGCUAAAACAUGCUGGGGUAGCUGUCAACAGUCCUUCUCCAAGCAGCGCCGAUUCUUUCUCGACCUGCUGCAGAAACGCUGUUCUAAGAGAACGUGCACAGAGUUUGGCAACAGUUCAUAGUAGACAAUCUGCAAGAUCUCUGCAUGUUUGCACGCCAAUAGACUGUGUCUGGCAAACCUGCAGCCAUCGCUUGCCUCUACUGCCAUCAGGAGCACGGUGGAAAUACGGCGUGACGGAGUCUGCCAAAAACUGCUUCAACCGACAGAUGAUGGGUACACCACUGUACACAAAGUAUUACGAAGGUGUCACGGUGCCGCCACUCCAUCAACCAGGUUGUAGAGCGGCAGCCGUUCGCUUCAAUGUGCGGACACCAACAAAUUUUGGCGAGGAGGUGAAAGUUGUUGGUUCCGCAGAACAGCUGGGAAAUUGGGACAUCAACCGGGCUCCCAUGCUGAAAUGGACCGAAGAUCACUGGUGGCGAGCGGAACUGAACUUGCCAACAGAUCAGGUUGUGGAAUACAAGGUCAUUCUGUUGGACCACGCACGCAAGCGCACUGGCGACAGCGUCAUUUGGCAAGAAGGAAGCAACCAGAUGCUCCAUGUUCCCAGCAGCCAAGACUCUCACGUUGUCGAAAUCGAAUGGGAGCCACCGUCAACAAGUACACCCAAUCAUGACGAGCCUUCGACAAAGCCUGAGCUUCCUGAGCAAACUAAAGUCUCAACACGCCAGAAGCGAUCCCCGAAACGCUCAAAGCCUGUGGCCUCCGCCCCGAAACAAUCACCUCCCAAAACCUCCGUGCGAAAGAAGACGGACACUGGGGGCCAGAGCAGCACAGAGAUCGAGACAGGCAUUCCGUCAUGGUUCAGGGAGUCGGUCGUCUACCAUAUCCAGACGCUAGGCUUCUUUGGAGUUGAGGACGAGCCGAACGACGGCACUGGUCCAGUUGGGAACAAGUUGCAAGAGCUUGCGCAAUGGUAUCCGCACCUCGAAGAGCUUGGAGUCAACACCGUCUACUUCGGGCCGCUCUUUGAGAGCAGCACCCAUGGCUACGACACUGCGGACUACUUCAAGAUCGACAGGCGACUGGGAGACGUCGCCCUUUUCAAGCAGGUAGUGGACGAUCUCCACGCCCGGGGCAUCCGAGUGAUUGUUGACGGCGUGUUCAAUCACACGGGACGAAGGUUCUUCGCAUUUGAGGACCUGCUGAAAAAGGGAACGAACAGCCAGUAUGCAGACUGGUACCGAGUGAGACCGGGCAAGUCCCCUCUCGGCGACCCGUUUGCUUACGACGCCUGGGAAGGGCACGCCGCGCUUCCCCGUCUCAACUUGAAGAACAAUGAUGUGCGCGAGCACAUCUUUUCUGUCGCGCGCUUCUGGCUCGGCAAGGUCGGCAUCGACGGCUGGCGGCUGGACGUGGCCCACGAGAUUGAGCCGGAGUUCUGGGCGGCAUUCCGGCCGGUGUGCAAGAAAGCACGGGCGGACUCGAUCACUUUGGGCGAGAUCAUCCAUGGCGACUACCACAAGUGGGUGGGUCCCGGCCUUCUCGACACGUGUACGAAUUACCAGCUCUCCAAGGCCAUCUGGAGCAGCCUGAACGACGCCAACUACUUCGAGCUGGCGCACUGCGUGCAACGGGAGCUGGACAUGUACGGCUCUCUGGACGCCCUGCUCAACUUCGUCGGCAACCACGACGUGCCGCGCCUUGCGUCCAAGCUCAAGACCCCGGAGCAUUUCUUUGUGGCCAUGCUCUUCUUGCUCACCAUGCGAGGCGUCCCCUGCCUCUAUUACGGCGAUGAGGCGGGGAUGAAGGGCGAGCCCGGCGGCCCUCGUGGGGACACCGCCAUGCGGAUGCCGCUCGCCUUUGACCACACCCCUGAGAACGACCGGAAAUUCCAACAGACGGCGCAGCUGGUUCGAUUGCGGCGAAGCAGCCCGGCUUUGAUGUACGGAAGCAUGCAGCUCCUUGGCAACAGCAACACGCACAUGACGUUUUUGCGGAGGACCGACUCACAGGUGGCCAUCGUUGUGCUCAACUGCGCGGCAUCCGCUGCGUCCAUCACCAUCGACUUAAGCAGAUGCGGCUUGUGGGAUGGCCUCGUGCUAAAGGACGCACUGAACGGCGACGCAGCGUGUACCCUCAAGAACGGGCGAUUGGAGCUGCCGCAAGUGGCAGCCGCGAGCGGGAGCGUUUUGCUUGGCAGCUUGUGACGCUUGUACCGGGCCAACAAUCCUUGCGGUAAGAAACGUUCGACAAGGCAGCGGCAGGUGACCAUGCGAAUUAAACGGAACGUUGCAGGCACGCUCUGGUACAUUUGUUCAUGCCAUGCAAGAGCUCAUUGGGAGCAACUUGGAGCAUCAUAAGUGAUUGCGAAGCGUAGAGCUGCUGUAGCGAGUCAUGUGCACCCUUGUACAAGUAUCGUCGUUCAGGAGACCGCGACCGGACGGUCUGAGGGCAGGGGCAAUGUUGCUGCCCGUACAGCGCAAAGCCGGACCUAUAAAUGCAGACAUUGGUGUCGGAGUAUACGAUAAACAUAUGUGAUUGCAAAUGCCGGAUUGGCAGGCCAGAGUUCAACUAUCA